AUGGAAUAUAUUCCAUUGUUACCAAUCGGAUUGCCUGUUUCAAUUCUGCAGAGUGGUGAAGCUACAGGAUUAGUGCAACAAUCGCAGGAAUACAACCUUAUGUCUUGGCAAAUUUCGCUUACGGCCUACUUGGGUUUACCUGGUACUUCUGAUAUCCCCUCGUCAGAAUCAUCCACAAGUUCGCAUCCUAUCCCUAAUAACCCACUUUUGAUACAAGAAUUGCUUAUAGAACCUUCGGAAGAAGAUUGUGUUAAGGUUGUUAAUGUGGAGGAGAGUGAUCAAUCGCCUGCAAUCGAAUUAGCCCAUCUAUAUGAAAAAAUGAAAUUUGCUGAAAUUAGGACUAUACGAGCCAAACAAGAUGAAAUCAUGAGCUGGUAUUGCUAUAGAAGGUAUUUUGAAAAAAGACAUAGUGAGAUUUUACCUGAAAUUCUGGAGAAUGGAGUUAUUACGAACAAAAAAGCCUAUGAACUUGUGAGUGGGCAGAUUUAUGAUGAAAUGCUACAGUAUCUUUCAGGAGUCUCUCGUGUAAACUUGCGCAAAAAAACCCAGCUAACUAAGCCUAUAUAUAUGUUAUUUAACGAAAUUGGAGAAGAUAUGAUUAUGCAAAUCAAAACUUAUAGCGCAAAUAAACUCUCAAAGUUAACUGUCAUGCAAAUCGAUACUAUUAAAACAACACUGCGUGAAAAAAAUUCACGCACUCACGUGACUUCGGAAAUAAUCACCGGUGAUGCAACUGCACCUGUCGAAUCUAUGGUAAGCGUUCCUAAUUCUUUAGGUGAUUCCAAAGUAAUCGGUCCAGAUAAUUCACCACCUAUUCCACCAGCGCCACAAGUUUCACAUGUUCUUAUCAAGAUAUCUAAAUUCCCUGAAGAUAGGAAUAUCAUCUAUGAAGCUGUACGUAAACGUUUCCCUUUCUUAUCAUGGACUAAAUCAAUUACAAAAUAUCGAGAUCAUUUCGAAUAUACCAACUCUGAAGCCAAGUGCCCAGCAUGUACGAGCAUUCACACACAUCGAGGCAUAUGGGGUGAUUGGACUUGCCAAAGUAAAGAUAAUUUCUAUUAUCUUAUGUGUCCCUGGGAUAUUCAUCAAAACAAGAAAGUCAAAAUUGCUACACAGGUUUGCUAG